AUGCUCGCUGCUAUGGACUGGGCCUUUGAUAGGUCUUUGUGGCCGGCGUACUUCGUCGCCUGCUUCGUUUUCUAUCUCACCGUGCGUCCUUACAGCAAGUCGUACCUCGAUGUGCCCACUGUCAAGUUCAACAAGUUUCUCCCCAACUUCUUUAACCGUCUCCUGUUCUUCAUCGAUGCUCCUGCUAUGGUCCAGUAUGGCUACACUCACUUCGCGGGCAAGCCGUUCCAGAUUUUGAAGCCUGAUGGAGACUUGAUCAUUCUUCCUGACAAGUACAUGGACGAGAUCAAGGUUCUGCCUCCUAACAAGAUCAGUUUGCUUCAUGCUCAGCAUCGGAACGUUCUUGGCGAAUAUAUCAAUAUUCUCCUCGACAGCCAGCUGCCUGCCUUCACGGUCGCUAAGAAGCUGACUCCUGCUCUGAACCGCAUUGUCCCUCGCACCAUCGAUGAACUGACGAACGCAUUCCCCACGGUGAUUCCUGAAUGUAAAGAUCGCUGGGUUCCGAUUGGUCUCUAUGACACGAUCCUGUCUCUCAUGAGCCGCACCACUUCCCGCAUCAUCGUUGGCGAUGACUUGUGCCGUGACGAGAACUGGCUGAACCUGCUCAUUCGCUACACGAACAACGUUGGCAUCACCAUCUUCUUGCUUCGUCCCUUCCCUAAGGUCGCGCGUCCCCUGAUUGCCCGGUGGCUGCCCAGCGUUCGCAAGCUAGCCGAGCAGUUAGCCUACGCCACGGACAAGCUCUUUGUGCCCAUGAUCAAGGAGCGUCGUAUCAAGGAAGAGACCGACCCUAACUACCAGAAGCCUGACGACUUCGUCCAGUGGAUGAUGGACGCUGCUGACAAUGAGUAUGACAAGCGCCCCGAGGUUCUUUCCCAGGGUAUCAUGACCAUCGUCGCGUUGGCAGUUGUGCACACCAGCACCAUGCUUACCACUCACGCCAUCUAUGAUUUGAUCCUCAUGCCUGAUGUUCUCGAGACUUUGCGUCAAGAGAUCCCCGAGACUCUCAAGGACGGCUGGAAAGGGACUACUCAGGCUCAGUUGCUUUCGCAGCGUCGUAUGGAUAGCUUCUUGCGCGAGUCUCACCGUUUCAACCCUACCUCUGAAGUGACCGCUCAACGUAUCUGCCUCGAAGAAUUGGUUCUCUCUGAUGGCUUCGUCCUCCCCAAGGGCUCUCACAUCUGCUUCCCCUCCGGUCCUAUGUCGCGCGACUCCGAGAUCAUCGAAGACGCCGAUACUUUUGAUCCCUGGCGGUGGUGCAAAGACGUCGAGGCCCCCAACUACCUGGUCACUAUUGGCCGCACCAACAUGCACUUCGGCUAUGGGCGUCAGGCAUGUCCUGGCCGCUUCUACGCCACCAAUACCAUCAAGGCUAUCCUCAGUCGCUUUCUCAUGGAAUACGACUUCAAGUUCGAGCGUGAUAUGAAGCGUCGUCCUUACAAUGUGACUAACGGUGAUCACAUCAUGCCGAACAUGAAGACUCGUGUUUUGAUCAAGGAGCGUGGCGUGAAGAUCUGA